AAACUAACCCAAGUGCAACCUUAGGAGGAGAGGUUUAGCUACUAGUUAGUUUUGUUUUUGUGCUCCAGAAUUGAUCUAUUUCGUAGUCGCCUUUUACAAAAAAGCUGAACCCAAAAAAGAUUUACUUGUCGUACUUUAUCUAACCAAAGUAUGCUUUGAGUAUUUUAUACGCAAAAUCUAACACACGCACUGUUAAUAUCUGCAGUGCUAUGGAUCCUCCAGCAGCAACAACUUCAGCUGAUGCUUUGCGAGAAAGGGAUCUACACCUACAACUACAAACUGCACCCAGUGGUUUAGUGUGUGAUAGUCUGUCACUGCCUUCUUACAAGGAAUACCCUGCCCAGCGUCCAUUCAUCACCACAUUGGUCCAAUCUCCAACAGCACAGACGUAUAGGGCUUCAUCACCUUGCAAAGCAUUUCCAGAGACCAACAGUGCAGCUAUUCUAUCUGCUCUACGAAAUCUCCAAGAGAAGAUCCGGAAGUUGGAAAAGGACAAAGGACAUGUCUCCUUGCCUGAUCCAGGGAAAGAUAUGAAAAACACCUCUACACAAAGUGACACAGAUAUCAACAAGGCAAACUGCAACCAGGUGUUAAUCAACCACCUGGCAUCUGCCGAGUCUCGUUGUUUAAAACUGGAAAAACAACUUGACCAAACUAGAAAGAUGUUACGCUCUGCCACAACAGACAAAUCAAACAUAUUCAAUCAGGUGAGGGAGACAACCAGGUCAGCUGAUCAAUCUACUGACAGCCCCUCUGUACUUGCCCGUUUAGAGAAGCUUGACCAUUUAGAGCAGGAAUACUUAAGGCUGACACACACACAGAAUAAGGCUGAGAGAAAGAUCGAUGACCUAGAAUUAAAAUUACAAGAGGAGGAGCAUCAGAGAAAGCUGGUUGAAAACAAGGCCAAUCUGCUGCAGGUAGGGUUGGAGACAAACAGAAUUUUGUUGCAGUCUGUAUCUCCUUAUCGAAAGUCCAAAGACAAAGAAUCUAAAGUGAAGAAAUCUUCACUACAGCAGUCUCCUACAGAGCCACAUUAUAAGUUCAGACUCAGAGAUGUACCGUUUGUUGCUGGAACGUCAGUGGGCAAUAGCCACUCUGUCCGUGCAAACGUCCAGUCAGUUUUGUCUCUCUUGAAGUGUCACCAGCCUCAUCUCUGCAACAGUCGUGUCCUGUCAAACAAACCAUAUGGCUUGGGCAUAGGUAGCCAAAGCUUUUCCAGUUCCUCGUCUUCAUCAAAUGAGGAUGAAUUAUCUGAUCUACUGCAUGCAUUACAAGAGGAGCUUCGACUCAUGAGCUUGGAGCAGGAGGAACUACUGAGGAAAGUGGAGAGGAGUGUUUCUGAGCAAGAAAGAAAAGAUCUUCAGCGGGAACAAGAGAAACUACUUCUCAAAAUGGAGAGAAAAGGAGAACAAAUCAAUAAGCUUUACAAGCAUAAAUCCCAAGUUAAUAUUUUGUUGAAAGAAUCAAAUAAUGGUCGAGUAAUAAAGAAUGUGGGAGCAACCAGAAAGUUUUCCAGCAGAGGUCACUCAACUGAAGCAGCCAAACUCAGACCAGGAGAGAGGAGCAGGAGAAACCUGCGCCUGCUGAAAGACAUGAGAGCUCUACAAAUGUCUCUGCAGACAUGAACUUGCCUCAUAUACUCUACACAGGGUGACUUUAUGUUGGUGCUACCUAUUAUUUAAUUAUACUUAAACUUUCCUAGCAUUGCUUUAUUUUUGCUGGGUUGAUUUUAAUUAAGAUUUUUGUACAACAAAGUAAAUAUUUACAUUGAUUUAAUUUGUAGCUCUGUAUUACUCUACCACUAGAGGGCAUGGAUAAACAAUACUUAAGGUACCUGAGGUAAAGGUUUAGUACAGGAGUGUCCAAACUAUGGCUCAGGGGCCAAAUGCCCUCAGACCAGUUUUUAUUGGCCCUCAGGCCUCCUCCUGAACCGGCCCAAAUGAUCAUAAGCAGUACUUUUAACAGGAAAUUAAACUAUUUCUACCACUAUAACCUCAAACAUCACAUUGCAUUGUGAUACAGACCUAAAAUGAAUGUGUUUCAAGACAUUAAUAUACAGCAGCUCUGUCAAAGCUGUGUAUAAAGCACCACACCGCAUUGAUCACUGGUCUGUGGGCCUCCGCUUCGAAUAUGAUUUGAGAUGUGGCCCUUGAUAAAACAAGUUUGAGCACCUCUGUUAUAGUGCUUUAUUGUUCUCAUAGGAAAAAUUUGUCCUCUAUAUUUGACCCAUACUUUAAUGCUGCUGAGGCAACCUGUCCGGAGUACCAUCUCCAUAUCUUGAGGCUUGGUCAGGACUGCAUUAGCUGAAGUGUUUUACCUAUGGUGCUUGUUUUAGGUUGAUGGGGGGAAAUCAGAAAAGAAAUGUAAUUUUUUCAGCACUUGAAGAGAGUUUAGCAACAGUAAUCAGUAACAGUAAUCUGCACAGCAAUAUAAUGAAAGUACUGUAUAUGCUGGUGGUUGAAUCAUCAUCUAAACUUUAUUUUGGACACUUACAGUCCAUAAAACAUUUAAAGGAGAGCACAGAUCAGUAUAAUUUAAAAAUAGAGUACAUGAUCUUUUUAAAAUGGUGUCUCAAAUGGGCAGUGAGUUCACAUACUAGAAAAGUAUUGCACUGAGUUUAGUGCAGAGUUGGGCAGUGUUGCAUACAGUUCAUAGUUUUGAAGCCUGCACAGCACUGCAGGGCAGGUGGGCACGCCCGUAUUUACAAACAUAUAGCCCACAUGUAGUCCCUCUAUCGUGGGACUCUCCACAGGAUCUGCAGGCCAUCGUUAUAGACCACAUUAGCCUGUGCAUGCUGCUCUUUCUGUAGUGCAUCCAGAGGUGGGCAGUAUACAUAGCAGUUUUCAAGAGUUAAAUUUUCACAGGUUCGACACAAUGACACUGUUUCUGUCAUCAGUGUAAUAUGCCCAGGUAUUUACAUUCAUCAUGGGCAGUACAGCUAUUUGUCAUAAAAAACAAUGUCAGGGAAAUAGGAUAGACUCCCCCCUUGCUCUAUCCUGUCAUAAUGUUACUUUUCUUUGCAUUGUAUUUGAUAUCAGAAGAUGGAACAGAUCAAGUAAUAUAUGGACAGAAAAUAACAAACUUAUCAGCAUACAUGAAAUGGUAAAGAUUUUCUUAUCAACCUGUUCCACAAUCAUUUAAAAGCAACUUAUAUACAUUUUAUAAAAAGGUGUCAUUCAUAUUCACAUUCUAAAGGGGGUUUAAAUAGAAUUUCUCAGUUUUACACACAUUUACGCAUAACAGAACGCUGCCUUUGCAAACAUGUGGGGACACAUUUUUUACUUAAAAUAACUUUGUGAUCUACACAAUGAAGUGACAGAACAAGACAAAAAACAAAACAAAAAACAGACAUCUACAUGAAUUACCAAAUGCAUUUUUUUUUUUACAAUUGAUGAUUGAUGCACAUCUGUUCAUCAAAACGACACCAAUCUGAGUAAUAAAGAUAAAGAUAAAAAAUA